GCGACGCCGUGGAGGAGAAAGACAACGCAGCGAACAAAACACACAAUGGCGACGGCGGCGACAACGGCGGGCGGAACGGGCUCAGGCGGACCGACCACUGGCCCGGUUGGCGGCGGGACCGUAGUGGGACGAAAGAAGGACGGCGGUCCGUCCUCGAAAUUCUGGGAAAGUUCAGAAACGAUAUCACAGUUCGAGACGGUGCGGCUCUGGAUCGGAAAGCACUACAAGAAGUAUGUCCAGAACGACUCCCCCUCCAGUAAAUCCUUGGCGGGUCUGGUGGUCCAGCUGCUGCAGUUCCAGGAGGAUGCAUUUGGACGCAGGGUCAACAAUCCUGCUCUCACCAAGCUACCUGCCAAGUGUUUCCUGGAUUUCAAGGCAGGAGGUGCACUCUGUCACAUCUUGGGGUCGGUCUACAAGUUUAAGAGUGAGCAGGGCUGGCGCAGAUUUGACUUGCAGAAUCCUUCUCGAAUGGACAGGAACGUGGAAAUGUUCUUAAAUGUGGAGAAGAACUUGGUCCAGAAUAACUGCUUGACUCGACCCACUGUCUUUCUGUCACCGGACAUUGAGCAGAAACAAGCCAGUAAGCUCAAAGACAUCAUCAAAAGGCACCAGGGCUCCAUUACUGAUGACAAGUCAAAAGCCACCCACCACAUUUACCCUUCUCCAUCCCAACAAGAAGAAGAAGAGUGGCUUCGUCCUGUCAUGAGGAAAGACAAGCAGGUGUUGGUGCACUGGGGUCUCUUCCCAGACAGUUAUGAUACCUGGGUGUCAGCCAGCGAGGUGGACGGCGACGUGGAGGACCCACCCAGCACUGACCGACCGUGGAAGGUCCACGCCAAGUGGGUUUUAGACACUGAUGCCUUCAAUGAGUGGAUGAAUGAAGAAGACUACGAGGUGGACGAGAACAAGAAGCCAGUCAGCUUCCGCCAGAGGAUCUUCCCCAAGGAGGAGGAGUCUUCCCGUACACCUGAUCGCAAGGAGCGCAAGGCCAACUCUGCCGGUAAGAAGAGGAGGCGCUCGCCCUCGCCACCCAGCACUCCCGCCGAAUCCCGCAAGAAGGGAGGAAAGAAGGGGAACCCGGGGCCUCACUGGAAGCGACAGGGCCACAGAGGCGAAGAGGAGGACACGGAGGAGGACAUGACCAAGGACAUGGACGACUCCUCAGCCGGUGCCAGCAUGGAGGAGGGCAGCAUGUCCAAGAACGCAAAUUCAAAGAAAGACAGUGACAAUACUCCGGUGAAAGGAGGGAACAUGGCCGACUUAGAUGACAUGGAGGAUGACUCUGUGCUGUCUGGUGGAAAGGAUGAUGAAGAACAGAGCAAAGCUGAAAUCAACCGACUGAUAGAUGCUAGUGAGGACAAUGUGACUGAACAGACUCACCACAUCAUCAUCCCCAGCUACAGCGCUUGGUUUGACUACAACUGCAUCCAUGAGAUUGAGAGAAGAGCCCUGCCUGAGUUCUUCAAUGGGAAAAACAAGUCCAAAACACCAGAGAUAUACCUGGCCUACCGUAACUUUAUGAUCGACACCUAUCGGCUAAACCCUCAGGAGUACCUCACCUCCACCUCGUGUCGCAGGAACUUGACCGGGGAUGUCUGUGCCAUCAUGAGGGUUCAUGCCUUCUUGGAGCAGUGGGGUUUGGUGAACUACCAGGUCGAUGCCGAUAGUCGGCCAUUGCCCAUGGGCCCCCCACCCACACCCCACUUCACCGUGCUGGCUGACACACCAUCUGGCCUCAUGCCGCUGAACCACCGACCCCCACCGAUUCCUCCUCCACAGCAAAUGCCCGGUUUGGUAGACAAAGGCAAAGACAAGGCCAUCGACUUGCAAAACUUCGGCCUUCGCACCGACAUCUACAACAAGAAGAACCCCAAGGCUAAAGCUGUCAGCUCCACCAGGGAAUGGACCGAGCAGGAGACUCUGCUGCUGCUGGAGGCUCUUGAGAUGUUCAAAGAUGACUGGAACAAAGUGUCUGAGCACAUUGGUUCACGCACCCAGGACGAGUGUAUCUUGCACUUCCUGCGGCUGCCCAUUGAGGAUCCAUACCUGGAGAGCACAGAGGCCUCCCUGGGUCCUCUGGCCUACCAGCCCAUACCCUUCAGCCAGUCUGGAAACCCCGUCAUGAGCACAGUAGCCUUCCUGGCCUCUGUGGUCGACCCCAGAGUGGCAUCUGCUGCCGCCAGAGCAGCUCUAGAGGAGUUCUCCCGUGUGCGUGAGGAGGUGCCGGCUGAGUUGGUGGAGGCUCACGUGAAGAAGGUGCAGGAGGCGGCCCGCAGCACAGGGAAGGUGGACCCCGCCUUCGGCCUGGAGAGCAGCGGCAUCGCUGGCACCGCCCCCGAGGAACCUGAAAAGACUGAAACCACAGAGGCAGAGAAGAUGGACACGGACACAGACUCCCAGCAGGCCGAUAAGGCGGAGUUGAAGGACGAGGCAGAGAAGCCCAGUGAGUCUGCCGAGAAGAGCAGCGACAAGACUGAGGCCACCGAGAAGGUGAAGAAGGAGGGAGCAGAGGCGUCGGAGCGCGAGGAGGAGAGUGAAGAGGGAGGGGAGGCCAAAUCGACUCCAGCUGACAAAGACAAGGAGGAAGCUAUGGAGACGUCGUCCUCAGAGCAGGAGAAAGAUAAGGAGGAGAAGACGGGUACAGAGGAGCCAGAGGACAAGAGGAAGAAACUGGAGCUCGACAUUGAAGAGGGUAACAUUGCCACAGCAGCCGCUGCUGCCCUGGCGUCUGCUGCCACCAAGGCCAAGCAUUUGGCGGCGGUGGAGGAGAGGAAGAUCAAGUCCCUGGUGGCUCUGCUGGUGGAGACCCAGAUGAAGAAGCUGGAGAUCAAGCUGAGGCACUUCGAGGAGCUCGAGACCAUCAUGGACCGAGAGAAAGAGGCCUUGGAGCUUCAGCGGCAGCAGCUGCUCACCGAGCGUCAGGCGUUCCACAUGGAGCAGCUCAAAUACGCUGAGAUGAAGGCGAGGCAGCAGAUGGAGCAGCAGGCCGCUGCAGCAGCAGCAGCAGCCGCCGCGGCCGCCGCCCAAGCUCAAGGACAGGGACAGGCUCCCGGAUCGGGACCGCACUCUGGACCCCCUCCACCAGGCAUGCACCCCGGAGGGCCCCAGCCACACCACGGAGCACCAGUGCCCCACCACGGAGGGCCCCCACCUGGUGGUGCCAUGCACUCCGGCUACCCCCCGAUGGGUCACCACCCCAUGGCUCCUCACCACCCAGGACAGACAGGACCGAUGGUACCAGGCCAGCCGAUGCCCGGACGCAUGAUGCCCGGUCCGCCCUCUGCCGGCCCCCCUCCUGGCGGCAUGCCUCCCAUGAUGCCCCCACGCCACCCUGGAGCUCCCAAUGGCAUGUACCCUGGCCCACCACCUGCACAGCCUGAAGCAGUACCUCCAGUUCCUGUGGGUCCUCCAGUGCCCCCAAGUGCUCGGGUGGCUGACAACUAAGACCUACACACACACACACACACACACAAAAGCACACACACAUACAACUAACUCUAUCUCUGAACCUCAGCCCCCUUUAUGAUGGCCUUUGCUACUGGCUCAGUAUUUUCCCCUCAACAUUCAAAACUAUCAGAAACUUUAUCACAGGACACACACACACACACACACACACACACACACACACACACUCAGGGUUCAAUGGCAAGGGUAACCCAAUUUUACACACACAGACACGCGCACACACACAUCCAGACUUCCUCUCAGGGCACAGCGGCAAGGGUCGUCUAGUAAUAAACACUGUUUUCUGCUCUGUUGGGCCAGAUGGAGGCUGGAGAGAAUGAGAGUGUACAGAAAAUGAAACAAGGAGACAGAACGUAUAAAAAGCUUCACCUGUCUCACAUUUUUCCUUUUUCCAGUGUUGUUUUAAAUGACACUGUAACCCCCUUCUAUCUUAAAACACACACACACACACUCACACUCCUUCUUGUCUGUAGCCUCUUUCCACAAGCCAAACACUAGGGGGAGCUAGUGAGACCAGCGGGCCGGUCAGACAUGCAGGGGUGUGUGUGUGUGUGUGUGUGUGUGUGCUGACUAACGUGAGCUGACACACUCACACCCUCUCUCUCACACACACACACACACACACACACAAGCAGCAGGCAAGCAGAUUAUUCAGAUGAUGAUGUGAAUAAAACACACACGGAGGCGACAAAGCCUGCCUUCGCUCUUGUCUUGUCGAGUAUCUACCUCUCGCUCCUCUUUAAAUGAUACACUGUAGUUCUGUGUGUGUGCGAAUGUGUGUGUGUGCGUGUGAAUGUGUGUGUGUUCAGGACAGAGGGUGGUCUGAUGGCAGUUCACUCCUCCGCCCACAGUUUGUGUAUCUUCAUCUAAUCAUCACUUUUCCAUUUGAGACUUUUGCAUUAAUGACUAUAGUUGACUGAGAGAACUGAGACGCUCUUGGUCAACGACGAAGUACAAAUUGGAGAAAUGAGGCCUGAAACAAAACGAGACUGUGUUUUUCUUGGCGUGUUAAUGGUGACUGAAAACUGCUCUGUCGUGCAGAUACAAAAAAUAAACCCUGAUGUCUCCAGUUUUCUAAUCUGUUUGACAAGGUGUGUCUCAUCCCUGGACUCAAAGACUGCAACUGUGAAAAUAAUCUGCCAAAGUUUUAUCUCAUUUUGUGACCUAAACUGACUUUUUCCGAACUGAAUUUAAAGAAUAAGACUGACUUUAUACUCAAUAUUUCUUAUUAUCCCAUGAAACAACAACAACAGCGUGUUAGUCCAUGUGUGAUUACUUCCUGACUUACCUGCUGUGGCUCUCUGCACCAAGCCCAUUGGUUCCUACUGAAAACGUAAAUGUUUGACACAUUUUUAGAGACUUAUCGUUUCAAUUUAUCAAGAGACUCAGUAAUAUUCUAAACAGCUGACCACUGCAGUUAAUAUCAGGUGUCACUCAAACAGGAGUAAACAAUGCAUUUGUUAGGAACUAUAGUGUAAAUGGGACUGAGUCAGAAUAAACUGCAGCGUGUGUCUCACACUGUAUGAGCGGAGGUGUCACUCACUGAUGUGUUUUAAUGACAUUUUUUGAUUAUAAGACAAAUAUGAAAUGCCACCACACUUGUAACAUUAAUGCAAAAGUGUCAAAUCUGAUUACAUGAGAGGAAUAAAAGCACACACACACACACACACACACCAUCAGCUUCUGGCCCACACCAACCACAACACUGUAACACACACGGAAAUGUAAGCUAAGCUGAGGCUCACACUGGAGGCUGCGUGCACACAAUGACUUGGCCAGACCCUGCCACAAAGCACUGGACAGCCACACACACACACACACACACAAUCACUUACAUAUAAUCUCCUGCUGACCUUCACAUAGCCUUUAAAGAGAGGGAGAGACGCUGUGAUGCCGCUUGACUGAAACAUCAGAACGUGAAUGACGCUCUUCCUCAGCGCGGUGGGCUUCUAGAUGUUUUUAGGUGCUGAUACUGUAGCGAACAAACCCCCUGCCCCCCUCCUCUGCUCACUGUUUCCUAACGCUUAGUGCUGCCUACCUCGCUAACCCCACCUCACACGCACACACACUGAUGCUUUUUUUCGCCACUAGCCACAGGAAAAUUAAGCAAUAUCGUCAUUCCUGCGUAUCAACCUGUUUGUGGUCAGUACACUGAAGAAUACUGCGUUACCAACAAUAAGCAAUGUUUUCUCAGUCACAAAUCCUGUUACGUUGCAGUAAAUUAAAAGGUGCAUAAAUAAGAGGGCAAACAGCAAACGUUUAUUUACAGAGCUGAAACGAUUAGUAAUCAAUUAGACAGAAAAUUAAUCGUGAACUGUUUUGAUUGUUUCACCGUUUGUCAUUUUUCAGGCAAAAAUGACCAAACAUUGUCUGGUUCCAGCUUCUCAAAUGUGAAUAAUUUGCUUGUUCUCCUCGUCAUAUAUGAUAGAAAGUUUUGGACUGUCGGUCGGACAAAACAAGACGUCUGACGUUUUAUUGACUGAAAUUUUUGUGUAAUUGAAAAAUGAUCUGUCCUCUUUAACGUCUCAUUUGUGAUUAGUCAGCAAAAUGUCAAAACGUUGAAAAAUGCUCGUCAGAUGUCUUCAGAUCGCUUGUUUUGUCCAGUCAGCAGUGAUCAAAUGUAAAGAUUUCAAGCUGGAACCAGCAGAUAUUUGAUAUUUUUGCUUAUGAGUCUAGAUUUUCUUUUGACAAAUAGAUUGAGAGUUCAUUCUUGAUGCCCAAAAAGCAGCAAAAACAGUCUCAUCACCACAAGAUCCAUUAACAGCUGCUCUGGAGCUUUCCACUGUAUCACACAGUUCUGCUCAGCAGAUUCUCUCUGACUCUUUUAUGACUUUUCCAAAUCUUCAUUCUCGACCUUGGAAACAAUCAUGUUCUUGUUCUGCUUUUGGUCAUAUUACCAGAACAGCUAGUAAAGGACCUUGUGACAAGAUGUUUUGCCAACUAGCACAAUUAUAAAAGAAACUGUUCGUUGUAUUAAUGCAUAAUUUCCCCAACAACACGUUCCAUAAAUGAGCUUAAUGCAUUGUAAACCAAUUUACUUGCAUGUUGUCUUAAAAUAAAGGUCAAUUAUGACAAUAAAAAAUAUUAAUCAGACGCUGCUCUGAGACCCCGCUCACUCACACUUCAGAUAUUAAACCAAUGACGCACUCGUCGUCCUGCAUCUUCCUGCAGUCGACACGCAGGUCAGAAAUAUUCUCCAUUAAGGUCGUUUUUAAAUGUGAAGUCUUAACUCAAACGACUCUUCUCCCCCUUCGCUAGCACUGUUAGUACCUCUGCUACCUCUUCCUCGUUCAUCCGCUAGCUACCUCUUCUAGAAAUCUUCCUCUCGCUACCUGCUACCUCUAUGCGCACCCCUUCGCUACCUCUCGUUCCCAUGUCCUUCCUUUUCUCUUUUCUUUUUCCUGCCCACAUGACUGCUGCAUCACUGACUGUUGCCCUCUUCUCCCAGACGGCUGGAAGAAGAAAAUCCACCAACACUCGUACAGUCCAUCACUCUCGCUCUCGUUUGUCGCGCCCCCCUUUCCCAUUCAACAUCUUCCCAGGCUUGUUAUAUAAUAUCACUUAAAUAUGACAGGAAUCCCCUCACAUAUAUUAUCUUUAAUUGCUACUUUUUGUGUUAAUGGUAAUGUAUUUUUAAGAAGUUUUGUGUAGAUGGAAGUUAUCUUUGUUCUUUGGAAGUUUGUAGCAUUUGUUUUCUCUUUUUUUUUUAUUUUGUAUGGGGUCUGUUGGUACUUGGACCUAGACACUGUCAAAUAAACCGUGUUUUGUAUGA